AUGAAAGCAGAGCAAGCCGAGGCGAAAGCUCAGCGUCGUGAGGCCCGCCAAGCUCUAAAGGUUCGUGCUCGUGCUAAAAAACAACGACUUGCUGACCGGAAGGCAGCUUCUGCCGGAGUGGUUGCAAAUGUGCCUCUCGCACCUUCCGGCACUACUGCCGGGGGCGCUACUACUUCUGGCACCGUGAUUGCGGCCACCAAAUCAGCUGGGCGCUCAAGUAAGCCAAAUAAGCGGACAACUGUCGUAACUCCUGCUCUUACACAUACAUUGACCGCCUCUUCUGGUGCAAUGGAUGCAUCUAUCCGGCCUUUCCGGAUUGGUUCAGGCCUCCCCGGCAGGGUCCGUCGUCCGGCUAAAUUCAGCCUCGAUUAUGACUACACUACAGAUGGAGAUGCAGACGAUAUUGAUGGAGAUACAGAUGACGCUGAAACUGAGGCAAAUACAGUAUUGGGGUAUGAUGAGAGUCCUCGUUGUAUUGUUAGCAGCGACCCUCGGCCUAGUGAAAUAUCUGCAAAAGAAGAGACUCGAUCACCCCAUCGGCGCCAUGUCUCGCCAUUGCGACUAUCGCUGAAGACUCCUUCUGGGUCCUUGGAGUUCAUUUGGCUAGAAUGGAUUGUAGUUUCGAACUCGCCUAGAUCUCAUCAACAACUCCAGCGGGACUCGAACCUGGCUUGUGGUAAUGUAGCAUAUAAUCUCGACACGUUAACCACUCCGCCACAAUUUCACGAGUCACCUUGGGUCACAGGACUGAUGUGGAUUUCAAAGAAGACCAGUCCUUUUGCCAUAUCACAUUCUGCAAUUGGGUCGUCGCAAAAGCAGAGGUGUAUUCAUUCGCUUGCUCUAGUGUUGCCUAAGAUUGUGUCGCUACAAGUGGGUCUAGUGAAGCGUAAUCGUCCCCACCGGCGGUACCAGGUGCCGUUUGCAGGACUCCUGACCAACAUUCCGCCCCCUCUUUUUUUCCUACCUGUCUAUCAUUUGGUCGCUGCUACAUAUAACAAUCACUGUAUUGCUGUCUGA